CUCAACCGACUGAGCCACCCAGGUGCCCCUAAACACAUAUUUUUUAAAUGAUUCUAAGGUUUCUUCUCUGUACAUCGUCUUCUGCCUUCCCUGGGUGUAAUGUCCACAUUUCAGAUUUUAGAAGUGGGCCCUGAAACGAAUGAGUUUCAGGUGCGGCACACAACUGUCAGAGGAUCUGGUUAGACCACAGAUAUGAUCAGAUGUGUCUUUAUACCUCAUGGUCAGAGGUAGAGGGAAAACCGUGAACCUGCUCUUGUUAAAAAAAAAAAAAAAAAAAAAAGGUCAGGUGAAAGCCCCAUGGCAAUUAGUGCUAAGCUUUACCCACCACAUCCUGUGGCAUCUUCCUGGCCUGCUGGCCUGCUGGCCUCCAUCUCCACAUUCGCCUGGAAGAAUCUAGGCUAUGACCUCCACAUUCACUGCCCUGCUCUGCCUUGGGCUGUAUCUGAGCCAGACCAUCGGCGCCCAGACACAGAUUCUCUCAAAACCCAUCAUCUGGGCCAAGCCCAAUUUCAUGAUUCCGAAGGGAAGGCCAGCAAAGAUCUUAUGCCGGGGGUUUCCUGAGGCCACUGAGUACCAGCUGUAUUUCGAGGGACGCCUCUCUGCCCGGCAGAGCCCAAGACAGCCUGGAAUAAGGAACAUAGUCUCAUUCCCCAUCUCAGCCAUGACCCUGCUCACUGCAGGGCAAUACAGGUGCAUUUACCGAAGCGGGGAGCUCUGGUCAAAUCCUAGUGACCCUCUGGACCUGGUGGUAACAGAAAUGUAUGACACACCCACCCUCUCUGUUCAUCCCAGGCCUGAGGUGAGCUCAGGAGAUAAUGUGACCUUCUAUUGCCGUCUAGAGACUGCAACAAACAUGUUCUUUCUGCUCAAGGAGGGAAGAUCCAGCCGCCCACAGCCCAGAUACGGGAACACCCAGGUGGGGUUCCCCGUGGGCCCUGUGAGCACAGCCCACAGAGGGACAUACAGAUGCUUUGGCUCUUAUAACAACCACGCCUGGUCUUUCCCCAGUGAGCCUGUGAAGCUCCUGGUCACAGAAGAUGCUGGGGACACCAGCCUUGCACCCACAGAACACACCUCUUUUUCUGACUUUUGGGACCCCCACCUGCUAACCACGAACACAGCAGUCCAGCAAGACCCUGCCCUCUGGAAUCACACUGCCCAGAAUCUCCUUCGGAUGGGUCUGGCUUUCCUGGUCCUGGUGGUUAUUGGGUACCUCCUGACUGAAGGCUGGCUUUGCAGGAAGAGAAUACCAGGAACUUCAAGGAACAGGGCUUCAAGUCAGGAACACAGGAGAAGGUUCAGAACACAGUGACUGCUGGGCAAAUGACCAAGGGAUGGGCUGGCCACAGGUAGAGCUGAAAGCUGACCUUGACCUUGGGCUGUGUGAGCUCUGUGUUGUGCCCGGGGAGGGGGGUUCACCGCAAG